AUAAACCCUGUAUGCUCUCAUGACAUCAUCCUCCUGCAUGCAUGUAUAUAUAUAGGGGAUGGUCAAAGCACUCUCAUACUUCAGUCGCUUUCAGAAUCAGCUGAAGGCAAGAGGAAGCACCACAGAGAGUCCCCCUUCAGCCUGUCUGACGUUUAUGAACUUGGCUGCCUAGGAAUCUCAAGGAGAUGAUGGCAGGAAUGAAAAUCCAGCUGGUCUGCAUGAUCCUCCUGGCUUUCACCUCCUGGAGUCUGUGCUCAGAUUCAGAAGAGGAAAUGAAAGCAUUCGAAGCAGAUUUAUUGACCAAUGUGCACACAUCAAAGGUCAGUAAGGCAAGUGUCCCCUCUUGGAAAAUGACUCUGCUGAGUCUUUGCAGCCUUAUAAAUAACCUGGACGGACAAGCUGAGGAAACAGGAGAGUUUCAUGCAGAGGAGCUUGUUGCAAGAAGGAAAUUCCCCAUUGCCGUGGAUGACUUUAGCUUGGAAGCAAUGCUGACAAUAUACCAGAUCCGAAAUAUCUGUCACAGCAGGGCCUUUCAACACUGGGAGGCAAUUCAGGAAGAUGUUCUUGAUAACGGAAAUGACAAAAAUGAAAAGGAAGAAGUUAUAAAGAGAAAAAUUCCUUACAUUCUGAAACGGCAACUAUAUAAGAAUAAACCCAGAAGACCCUACAUACUCAAAAGAGAUUCUUACUACUACUGAGAAGUUAAAUAUUUUACUUCCAUGUGAACAUGACUUAUCAUUCUUUAAUUAAAUAUCAAAUUACAUCUGUG